AUGGAACCAAGAGUGACUAUCAACGGGCCUUCAACUGUUAAUGACAUACAUCCCUGCUAUGAAUCUCUUAAUACAACUAUUGUAUUUUCAAGCAACCCCUCCAUAAUAUGUGUUUUAUUAUAUGUUUUCCUUGGUUCAAUGUCUGUUGUCACAGUGUGUGGAAACUUUCUUGUAAUAAUCUCCAUCAUUUACUUCAAACAGCUCCACAUCCCUACUAACUACCUCAUACUGUCUCUGGCUGUGGCUGACCUGCUUGUGGGAGUUUUAGUUUUUCCUUUCAGCAUGACAGUCACUGUAACUGCGUGCUGGUACUUUGAAGGCUUACUUUGUCAAAUACGGGGAUGCUUUGAUGUUACACUGAGCACAGCUUCUAUUUUGAACUUGUGCUGUAUUUCUAUUGACAGAUAUCAUGCAGUGUGUCAGCCUCUCACUUAUAGAAGUAAAAUAAAUGAUCGUGUUGUUGGGAUUAUGAUCCUGUUGAGCUGGGGAGUUGCUGCUAUAAUUGGAAUUGGCAUCAUAAUCGCAGGUUUUAAUCAAGGAAAAUGUGAAGAAAGUUGUUUAAUUGAUGCUCUAAUAUCAACAACUCUGGCAUGCAUUUUCUCUUUUUAUAUCCCAGUCAUUAUAAUGCUUAGUAUCUACCUGAAGAUUUUCCUUAUUGCACAGAGACAGGCAAACAGCAUCCAGAACACAACCUGUCAGACCACAAAGUCUGGAGCAACUGUCAGUAAGAUGGAGAGAAAGGCCACCAAAACUCUGGCCAUAGUUAUGGGAGUUUUUCUGUUAUGCUGGACUCCUUACUUUCUUUGUAUCAUUUUUCAGCCUUUGACACAGGGUGUAACACCAGUUGCUGUGAUUGAAACUCUUAAUUGGCUUACACUGUCGAAUUCAAUGCUCAAUCCGUUUAUUUAUGCUUUCUUUUACAGCUGGUUCAGAGCAGCACUCAGGAUAAUCUUUUCUGGAAAAAUAUUUCAAGGUGAUUUUGCUAACUCAAAACUUCUUUAACUAAAACAGUAUGAUCGAGACCUGUUUGAUUUGGAAAAUGUC